CGGCUUUUCCCGGCACAUGCGCACCGCAGCGGCUCGGGCGUCCUAAGGAGUGGCACUUUUUAAAAGUGCAGCCAAGGCCAGCCCGCAGCCGCCUGCAUCUCUGUCCUGCGCCGGGUCCCGCCCGUUCCAGCUGCGCGCGCCACCCAGUCCCGCACCCGUUCGGCCCAGCCCAGGCUAGCCCUCACCAUGCCGGUCAAAGGAGGCACCAAGUGCAUCAAAUACCUGCUCUUCGGAUUUAACUUCAUCUUCUGGCUUGCCGGGAUUGCCGUCCUUGCCAUCGGACUAUGGCUCCGAUUCGACUCUCAGACCAAGAGCAUCUUUGAGCAAGAAACCAAUAAUAAUAAUUCCAGCUUCUACACAGGAGUCUAUAUUCUGAUCGGAGCCGGCGCCCUCAUGAUGCUGGUGGGCUUCCUGGGCUGCUGCGGGGCUGUGCAGGAGUCCCAGUGCAUGCUGGGACUGUUCUUCGGCUUCCUCUUGGUGAUAUUCGCCAUUGAAAUCGCCGCGGCCAUCUGGGGAUAUUCCCACAAGGAUGACGUGAUUAAGGAAAUCCAGGAGUUUUACAAGGACACCUACAACAAGCUGAAGACCAAGGAUGAGCCCCAGCGGGAAACUCUGAAAGCCAUCCACUACGCGUUGAACUGCUGUGGUGUGGCUGGAGGCGUGGAGCAGUUUAUCUUGGACAUCUGCCCCAAGAAAGAAGUACUCGAAACCAUCACCACGAAGUCCUGUCCUGAUGCCAUCAGAGAGGUCUUCGACAGUAAAUUCCACAUCAUCGGUGCAGUGGGCAUCGGCAUUGCCGUGGUCAUGAUAUUUGGCAUGAUCUUCAGUAUGAUCUUAUGCUGUGCUAUCCGCAGGAACCGCGAGAUGGUCUAGAGUCAGCUUACACCCCUGAGCAGGGAAGUUUACCCAUGAAGAUUGUUGGGAUUUUUGUUUCUCAUUUUUUUGUUUUUGCCACUAACUUUACUAUUCAUUCUGCAUUUCUAGACAAAAGCUAAAGUUAUUUCAUGUUUGUCUCUUAAUGCUUCAUUCAUUAUUGACAUUUGUAGUUGAAGCGGGGGUUGGUUUGCUUUGGUUUAUAUUUUUUCAGUUGUUUCUUUUUGCUUGUUAUGUUAAGCAGAAAUCCUGCAAUGAAAGGUACUAUAUUUGCUAGACUCUAGACAAGAUAUUGUACAUAAAAGAAUUUUUUUGUCUUUAAAUAGAUAAAAAUGUCGAUCAACUUUAAUCAGGUUGUAACUUAUAUUGAAGACAAUUUGAUACAUAAUAAAAAAUUACGACAAUGUCC